CUGUGGAAAAGCAUCCAAGGAAUAAUUUGGAUUUGGCCUUUCUGGACUUCCCGGCGGCGGAUGAAAGAACGGAAGUACUCUGAUGUUUCGCGGAAGCGGAAGCUUGUCCUUGAAGAAUUAUGGCGGCGCUGGUGAGGGUUGUGACACACCGAGCUGAAGUACCUCCAUGGAUUGCAUUAUGCAGUGGAUUAAUACAAACCACAUUAGCUCAACCACAAUGGGGCAGGAUGCUCCAUGGCACUCUACAGAGACACAAGAAUGGCCAGUCACAACUAACCAAAGCUUGCUGUGGAUUAAUACAAACCAUUAGUACAGUAAAACAGCCAAACAGAACACUUCAUCACACAAACAAGUUUUUUACAGCCAAAGACUCGCCUCAGCCAUCUGAAGAGAAAGUAGGUGCUUUCACGAAGAUAAUAGAAGCAAUGGGUUUCACAGGACCACUAAAAUAUAAGAAAUGGAAAAUUAAAAUAGCAGCCCUACGUAUGUACACAUCCUGUGUGGAGAAAACAGACUAUGAGGAAUUCUUUAACAGAUUUCAGAUGCCUGACACAUUGCACUCAUGGUUUCUAGUAGCACAGCUUCAUGUCUGGAUGUGUUUAGUACGAAUGAAGCAAGAGGGACGAGCAGGAAAAUACAUGUGUCGCUAUAUAGUUCAUUCUAUGUGGGAAGAUGUUCAGCAACGUGGGAAGGUCAUGGGGAUUGAUUCUGUUGCCCUGAAGUCAAGUAUGAGAACCAUGACAGAAAUUUUCUAUGGAGCUCUUUUUGGAUAUGAUGAGGGAAUUUUAUCAGAUGAUCAUGUGCUUGCAGCAGCCAUUUGGAGAAAUCUGUUCAAUAAGCAUUGUGAAGAUCCAAGGCAGCUGGAAAUAAUGGUGGAAUAUGUACGCAAACAGAUACAGCAUCUGGAUGCUAUGCCUGGAGAAGACCUGCUGCUGUCUGGUGAAGUGACUUGGCGCCCCCUUGUGGAAACAAAUGCUCAAAGCAUUGUGAAGCCUGCUUUACCCACAUACAAUGAUGAAGGACUCUGAAAUCUUCAGCCUGCUUGAAAACGUUUGCUACUGACUGUGUGUUAAGUCUACAUGUGGAACAAUUCCUGGAACUGGGACUUGAUUUAUACUGUGGGGUUCCCAAGAAAGAAAAGAAUAAAUGCUGUAUUUGCUAUUUGAAA